UCACGUUUUUGCGUUUCAUUUUAUUUCGCCUUCCUUCCUUCCGCUUGCUUUUUGGCUUGGCUUGGCUUCAUAGUCAUAGCUUGGCUUGGCUUGGGUUCUAGGACUAGAAAUAUUAGAGGUGAUACUUUUUGACGCAUUUUCACUCAGUUCGAUUUCGCCUAAAUCUUCUAAAAAAGCAGUUACUGAUGGCGUUAGUGAAGCAAGGGAACGACGAUGUACAGAAGUAUACGCCUACGCAUAGAGAUGGUAGAGAAUUUAACAAACUGAGACCCAUCGCGGACGAAUUCUAUCCAGAAGCCGAUGAUACAUCUAUCGCUUUUGGUGGGGCAUCACGACUAACAUCAGUAAGGAGGAGCGGACUGAUAUCAAUUCUGUUGUGCAUUGGAACCGUGUUGGACAGUGCUACUUCUCAACCCAUCAUCGAGAAGCAUGGACAUUGCAAUUCACCAAAUGAGUUCGUUAUAGACAAACGAUUUAAUUGUGUGUGUGCUUAGGUGUCUUUUCAGAGCGCAUGAGAGACGGCAUUUAUAAUCACAAAAUUCACAGCUGGAAUAUCAACAAACUUUGCGAUUUUUUUUUUUGUUAUAAAUCUGCUAGAGGUGUUCUUUAACACAUAGGCUUCUGGUAAUAUUUAACUCCGGCUUUAUAGCACUACAGAUGAGCUUAUUCAAUUAAAUUUUCGAAUACUUUUUCAAAAAAAAAAAAAAACAGUAAAAAA